GGGCUGCUGUGCGAAGUCGGUGGGAGCUCGUGAGACCCGGGCCCGGGGCGCGGUGGAGCGGGCCCGCCCAAGGCCGUGAGGGCGCUCGGCGCGCAGGGGCUCUGCGGCUUCGGGCGAGCCCCGAAGCGACCCAGAAGAGGCCGGCUGGGGCUGGGGACCGAGGUCCGGACGGGACCGGGAAGGAAAAAUGGGUCCCAUGAGGCAAGUGUGACCCUGGAGUGUGGCCGCCAGCUUGACGCGCAGUCAGGGAGAAGGAGCAUCAUGGAUGGCAUAAUUGAACAGAAGAGCAUGCUGGUGCACAGUAAAAUCAGUGAUGCUGGCAAGAGAAAUGGCUUAAUUAACACAAGAAACUUCAUGGCUGAGAGCAGAGAUGGCCUGGUGUCUGUUUACUCAGCACCACAGUACCAGAGCUGCCGGGUGGUGGGCAGCGCAGCACCAGCCAGCCUGGAUGGCAGCAGGAAUGAGCCGGUCCAGCAGCUGCUGGACCCCAACACACUUCAGCAGUCUGUGGAGUCCCAUUUCCGGCCCAACAUCAUCCUCUACUCGGAGGGUGUGCUGCGCUCCUGGGGGGAUGGUGUGGCUACCGACUGUUGUGAGACCACCUUCAUUGAGGACCGGUCACCCACCAAAGAGAGUCUGGAGUACCCUGAUGGGAAGUUCAUCGACCUCUCGGCUGAUGACAUCAAAAUCCACACCCUCUCCUAUGACGUGGAGGAGGAGGAGGAAUUCCAGGAGCUGGAGAGCGACUACUCAAGUGACACAGAGAGUGAGGACAACUUUCUCAUGAUGCCCCCAAGGGACCACUUGGGCCUCAGUGUCUUCUCCAUGCUCUGCUGCUUCUGGCCUUUGGGUAUCGCGGCCUUCUACUUGUCUCAUGAGUGCCUUGCAUUUCUUUGGAAAUGGCACGCAGAAUUUGAAAGCCAAAUGAAUCUUACGAACAAAGCCGUAGCCAAGGGGGACUUCCACCAAGCCAGCACGAGCUCCCGGCGGGCCCUGUUCCUGGCUGUGCUGUCCAUCACCAUCGGAACAGGCAUCUACGUGGGCGUGGCCGUGGCCCUCAUCGCCUACCUCUCCAAGAACAACCACCUAUGAGCUUCAUCCAGGCGCAUAGGGAAAGAACCUGGGGCCAGUCCUACACAGAUGCAGAGAAGGCAGGGCUGGCAAGGGGUGGACACACAGGUAGACACACCUGUGCGAUGCUGUACACUAUAAGUUAUUGCCAAACAACUCCAUAAAGCCCUGGGAUUUUCUACCCAUGGAUUUCUUUUGUUUUUAUCCCUUAAUUUCAUUUUCACAGCACUGUGUAGAGCACGAGGCAGAUGAGCACUGCUGACCCGUCCAAAGGGAAGCUCCAAAGAUCCUGACCUGCAAGGCUGUCUCUGGAUGGAUUCUGGUGGAUUCAUGACAGUGCAGCUCUCUCUGCAGCUGCCAGUACCUGGGAUGCCAUAGCAUUAGCAAUAUAUAAACAGUACAAAUGUGUUUAUUUUUUAUGAAAUAUGGUGCAAUAGGCAGAGGGCAGGGGACACGUCACUUCUGUCUGUGGCCCUGCUUGACUCCUCCGGCAUUUCCCCCGUCCAUGAACCUUCCCUGCAGGAAGAAAAGGGGGCUGGCAGGAAGAAAGAAAAAACUGCUGGCAGGAUUCCCAGCUGUCAUUGGUCUUCAGAAGGGUCCAGCCCUGAGAAUGCAAUGCCAGGAUAGCACUGGGCCUGCCCCAGGCCCAGCAGACACUCCCUCCAUGCUGCCCCCAGCCUAGGAACAUCAGGCCUCCUUUGGAACGUGUCCAAACUCAGCAGCCAUCACGCAGCAAUAUGCAGUCUUGGGGCCUACUUGAUCUAGGGCAGGGGGCAGGCCGCAGCCCCUCCCAAAACCCCUCCUGAAAGGACCGAGGUUCACUCCAGGAACUGUAGGCAAAGGAACUGUGGACACCGUCUCAGCAUAAAGACACCUGUGUUGACACUCACCCUGGUAAUAAGCAGUGACACCAGUGAUCUUGAAAAGGAAAUGAACCUUCCCUGUCAACUAAAUGAAUAGCUAUUUUCUUGUCAUUUUUUUAAGUGCAACUACUGCUUCAUGCUGCUUAAGUUAUCAGACGAAUGCUGAGAAAUAAGUA